UUUUAUGUUUCUUUUUUCUGUUUUUCUCUAGAUUCCUCUUGUUAACAAACACCAGGCAUCAUGAGCAAACCCUGUUUUGCUUUGGUAGCUUUGCUGGCGGUUAUUGCCCUUUCUGAAGUUCAAGGAAGCCAGAAAUAUCUUGGACAUCCUUGGUAUUUGAAUGGGAUAUUACCGCGCAGCUCUGGACCUGCCUGGGAUGUUCAUCAAAUGAAUAAACCAAAACGUCCACUAUCGCAACUCUGGUGGAAGAGUAAAGGAUUGUUUCCUCCACAAGGAGAACCAGAAGUGAAACCUAAACCUAAACCUGAGUAUAAUCCCGUACUACCACCUUGGUGGAUGAAAAAAGGGAUCUUGACUCCAGGAAGUCAACCAGAAUGGAAACCUAAACCAGAGUAUAAACCUGUACUGCCACCUUGGUGGAUGAAAACAGGGAUCUUGACUCCAGGAAGUCAACCAGAAUGGAAACCUAAACCAGAAUAUAAACCUCUGCUGCCACCUUGGUGGAUGAGAAUAGGGAUCUUGACUCCAGGAAGUCAACCAGAAUGGAAACCUAAACCAGAAUACAAACCAACAUUUCCGAUACCAGAGAAUUCGUUGAAAGGGAGAUAUCUGAAAAGUGAACUAGAAUGGAGACCAAGAAUAGCAAUUAACCCACAACCACGUCCAGAAUGGAGACUGUGGCCAGGAUCAUACUUUCCCAAAAGUAAAACUGAAUGGAUACCCACACCAGUAUACCCCCCGGUAUAUCCAGUUUAUCCAUUACCAGUGAUACCAAGGUAUCCUUAUCCAUACAGUUAUCCAAGUUUUCCUUUUUCGGAGCAGUCUGACUCUCCUGACAAACAACCACCUAUGCCAUAUGUACCAAUACCUAAAGCUUAUCAGUAUCAUGUACAUCCUUAUGGUAGUUUUAUGAAGCCAUCUUAUCCAACAAAAAAAGCCUAUCCUUAUAACCCGAUGCCAAAGAAUCCACUAUACAGCAGUUGGUUGAAACAACUUUUAAGAUCAAAAGCAGUGGGACCAUCUAAGAUUGUAAAAAAUAAUGCAACUCAAUCGAAUGCAUCAUCACCAGCAGCAGCAAAUGCUACAAUUUCUGUCAGAGUAGAACUUAAACAUCCAAAUAAUACCAUAAUUAAGAAUGAUUUGAAAUUAUCCAAACAACCAUUGAAAAGUAUUCUGAAUAUUUUGGCUGACAGAAAUGAAUGUUUCAAUUAUACUACUUUUCAAAGAAAUUCUCGCAUAACCGAUGGAAAGGUAGGUGAAUAUGUACGAUCACUGUGUAACACUAAGGAAGUAUAUGGCUCACAUAUGUCAUCGAGAUAUUGGCUGCUGUAUACAUUAUCUGGAGAGAAAGAUUUAGAUGUGGCGUACGUCCCAAACAAUAACACCUGCAUAAAGAUGGAAUACAUGAAUGCCUCACGCUUAUAUGCGUUAAUGCAUCAGAAUGUUUCAGGAAACGUAUGACGAAAUAAUGUCCACAUUAUUUCGAGAAAAAAGUCUUUUCUCUCAAAA